AUUUUUUAUUUAGUCGAGUAAAAAAAUUGUCACGCUUUUGUGCGAUCAUGUCAUGCACAAACGCGAAAAAUAGUUUUUUAUAAUACAAUUACAGUUUUAGUUUGUUUUUAUAUUACCUUAUUAUAAACAAAUUCUUUCUGUGUAAUUCUAUAGGAAUAUAGGUUUCCAUAAGCGAUAAACAUGAUGAGUGACGACGAUCGUGAUAUCGACAUUGAAAGUGAUGCUGAUAAUGACUCAGACUCCCGUUCACACACGAGAAAUAGUUUGAGUGGUGGCUACUACUCCCAGGGUGGUAGUGGCUUACAGGCGGAAAAAAGAGCUCACCAUAAUGCUCUAGAAAGGAAACGAAGGGAUCACAUCAAAGACAGUUUUACCUCAUUACGUGACGCUGUGCCAGCCCUGCAAGGGGAAAAAGUGUUUCAGCAUCGUCAUACUAAGCAGAGCAAGCAAAGUGGUGCAGCGGAGAAGGCCAGUCGCGCGCAGAUACUGAAGAAGGCAGCUGAAUACAUAUCAUUCAUGAGGAGGAAAAAUAUGGCACACCAGCAAGAUAUUGAUGACCUGCGGAGACAGAACACUAUGCUGGAAACACAAAUCCGCACCCUGGAGAAGGCGCGGGCGACGGGCCAGUACAUGGAAGCCCACGAGCUCGGGCUCAAGUCCGAGGGCAGCUCCCAUGACACCGACAGCUCCGACGGCGAGGGCACCACCCGCCGCGUCAAGAAACUCAAGAUCGGCGUCUCCGCAUAGGUAGUCCUGUACAGUUUACACACCCCCUGCAGAAACUAAAGUGGCAAGUGCAAAAAAGUGUGACAUCUUUUUAAAAAGUAGUGCUAUCUCUAUGUUUAAAAAGGUUGUGCGGUAAGGAACUGGAUUUAAAUGGAUGGGAGUGUAAAGCUGUGCGAUUGUUUAACGCGUUUUUAAUCGAACGGACUCUGUUUAUGUUUUCUAUGUUUUUUUAUGCUGUUUAGCGAUUGUAUUAUAUGUAGGCAGUUUUGUAAAAUCUAGAUCAUGUCAGAGUAAGUUUAAUUGUAAAAUACUCUCAGGAAAAAAUAAGUGAGUGUUCUAAAUCUUUUAUAUCAUACUCAAGUUCUACAGUAUAACUUCUGUAUUACAUUUUAUUGUCAAAAUACAUGAUAUUUCUAUAGCUAUAUACCUAGGUUUGUUGAUGAUUGGAUGAUAACAUUAGCUGAUAUAGCCUAAAGCCUUAAGUUUAAAUGCAUGUGAACAGGCAAGUCCUUUAAAGUCAGAACCAGGUAACAAAGUGGGAUAAUUUUGAAUGUAAAUAGGUGCCAAAUACAUUUUAGAAAAUGGCUAUAUUACCACAAAAAGGAUUAAACCAGGUUUAAAGCGUGUUUGACACACAUUUCUGUAUAUUUAGAAUGUAUAUUUAUAAUGAACACAAUUAAUAAAAUAUGAAGUAAGGGUGUUUUGGAGAUUUCAUAAUAUUAUAAUAAUAGAUAUGCUAACAAUCUCGUUGUGACCGUUUUAGUUGUCUCUGAAACACCCUCUACAUUAUAAUGACGUCAGUUUGUGACAUACCUACUUUUUCGUCCAUAAGGGUGCUUACAUAGAGAAUCGGGUUCCCUAAUCCUAAUCUACCUGUACCGGUAACCUGGUUAUGCGAAAGCACUCACUCACUGAGCAUUUCCCGGAUUUUUAAAUGUCAUGAGCGCUUGCGCUGUCGCAUAAUUAGGUUACCGGUACAGGGAACCCGUUUCUCUAUGUAAGCACCCUAAUAAUUAAUAUAUUUCCUGAAGAACUGUCGAAUUGAUAUAAAAGCCAUGUGAAAUUAAUCAAAAACGUUGAUCGCUAACCGACACUGUUUCUAAUCAUAAGCAUUAAUAUAGUGUUAUAUCUAAGUAAGCUAAAAUAAAUUAGUCCCUGUUGAAUUUUCUUAAAGAUACAGUUGUAUAAAUCAUACGGAUCAAUGUACCUAACAUACAGAUAAACUUUUAAAUAACGAAAAAUAUAUGCUUUUUGCAGCUUAACAUGUAUAUGAUGUUAAAAUGCAUAAGGCAAAACCGCUACCAGUAUAAACUUAAUGCUUUAAGAAAAUUCAAUUAAGUAAGUUUUAGGCAUAAAUUAAGGUUACAAUUAAGUACUAGUAUAAUUAAUUGGUCUUCUUGAUUGAAAUUCAGUAAAUUUUUAUAUGUGGAAGUGGAAUUGAGGAAAUUCUUUUUUAAUUCAGAUUAACUACCACAUUAAAAUCACUGGUAUUUACUAUAAGUACCUAUCAUCCUUUUUUGCUGACAUGAUGACAUUUUGAUGUACCUACUCUUGAAGUGUACCUAAAUACAAUAAUGUAUUCUUAUACCUAUUUCAUUUUAGAAGACUUGAUGAAAUAUAUUAUAAAAUAUA